CCAGCAGAUUAUAAAUCUAUGAUCAAUCCCCGGUUUUCCUCUUGCCGGUGACCAUCAUCCAUCACUCCCGGUCAGCAAGUGAUCAUGUCCGGAAUCCCGGAGAGCCGCAGCGGAGCGGAGCGUGUCGGAUACAUCACCCGGAUCCAGAGCUUCAGCGCCUGUCACAGACUCCACAGCAUCCACUUGAGUGAUGAAGAGAACAAAAGAGUUUAUGGAAAAUGCAACAAUCCCAACGGUCAUGGACACAACUACACAGUGGAGGUGACAGUGCGUGGAAAGAUCAACCGUCUCACCGGCAUGGUCAUGAACCUGACAGACCUGAAGAGGUGCAUUGAGGACGUCAUCAUGACUCCACUGGACCAUAAAAACCUGGAUAAGGACGUCCCAUACUUUGCAGAUGUUGUCAGCACAACCGAGAAUGUGGCUGUUUACAUCUGGGACAACAUGUUGAUGGUGCUGCCGCCCGGUCUGCUCUACGAGAUUAAGAUUCAUGAGACUGAUAAGAAUGUUGUCAUAUAUCGAGGAGAGUAGAGUGUUGAUAUAGACUCAGUCCUAGUCCACCCCUCGCCUUUUUCGUGCAUUAAUGUCUUGGGGUAGAGCGUCAUGAUUCCUGUUGCUUAUUGCAAACUGGUCAUUCUCAGAGACAGAUACCUUAUUAGCUGGGGGGUUAUUGACAUCUAGUGCUGUUACAGUGUGCACCUUUCAGGUUGAUGCAUCAAACCUUAUUGUAUGUAGUUUUUCCAGUGCAGUGAUGAAAUAGUUUCUUACAAUAAAUGCAACUUGUUU